UUGGCAAAGAAAUUCCCAAGCAAGUUAGAAGUAUUGGCGUUUUAAAAUGCCCAAAAACUUCUAUGAAAGUGACUUCAAAAUGCCAAAUUGGGACCUCUCUUCCCUUCCCUAGCGGUUAUUUCCUGCAGAACCAAUGGUUCCCCACACAUUGUAAGCUUUCUUCCUUUGAGCCCUUGAUAAACAUAAAUAAAUGUUUGGCUGGCAAAAUGAUAUAUUUGAUGGGCGAUUCAACAAUUCAUCAAUGGAUAGAAUUCUUCCCAAAAGUCAUAAAGAAUCUGAAAUUUUUUAACACCCAUAUAGAUGGUUGGCAUAAGACCUACGUGGCAUUUGACUUACAAAACAACAUCUACAUUCAGUGGAAGAAACAUGGACAUCCAUUUGUAACUAUGAACUAUUUCAAUGUCAAAGAUCACUCCUACAUUGCCAAUGAACUCGAUCGGCUUGGUGGUGGCUCUAAUACAAUUGUUGUGUUAUCUUUAGGACAGCACUUCCGGCCCUUUCCCGUUCCCCUG